AUGAAUGGCGGGAUAGACCCUGACAACGAAGUGCAAGGCCCAAAGCUACUUCUUCUCCACAUUGGUCUCUGCCUCUGCACCUUCCUAGUCGGCUUGGAUUUUAACCUCAUUGCAACGGCAAUCCCGGUCAUCACAUCCGAUUUCCAUUCAAUUGGAGAUGUGGGUUGGUAUGGGAGCGCGUUCUUCAUUGCACUAUGUUCCAGCCAGCCACUUGCCGGCAAGACUUUCAGUCUGUUUUCGAAAAAGAUUGCCUACUUGAGUUAUGUUGCUCUCUUUGAGGUCGGUAGCCUAAUCUGCGCGCUCGCUCCAUCAUCACCAGUCCUCAUUGUUGGAAGGGCUAUUGCCGGCCUAGGAGCCUCUGGGAUUUUCGCUGGAGGGUUGAUUAUCUUAACUACAGUGAUCCCGCUGCAUAAGCGGGCAGUGUGGACUGGAACACUGAAUUCGACCUUUGCCAUCGCAAGCAUUGUCGGGCCCAUUCUCGGAGGAGCACUCACCCAGCAUGUUACCUGGCGAUGGUGUUUUUACAUCAAUCUUCCCAUCGCUGGAUUCUCCGCUGCUGUGAUAGUGUUAUUUUUCCAGGUGAAACGGGCGCCCGCCGAGAGUAUCCCCUUGGCGAGAAAGCUGCAGAGCUUGGACGGAGUGGGCUUCCUGCUCUUUGCUGGCUCUGUUAGCAUGCUGCUAAUCGCACUACAGUUUGGCGGGACAAGUCAGGAAUACACAUGGCACUCGGCAAAUAUAAUCGGAUUAUUCGCAGGUGCUGGAGCAGUGAUGUGCAUAUUUGUUGGAUGGCAAUGUCAUAUGCAGGAAGCAGCUUUGAUUCCUCCCCGACUGUUCACCUCUAGCAGAAACGUCUCCCUUGUUUGUGCUUCUGCCUUCUUCGCAAAUGGAGCGUUCCAAUGUAUCAUAUACUGGCUUCCAAUCUGGUUCCAAGCUGUUCUUGGGGCUUCCCCAACCUCAAGUGGUGUCAGGUACUUGCCCACCGUCAUAUCGGAUGUCCUUACCUCCUUAAUCGCGGCGGGUCUGGUGAACAAACUGGGAUGGUGGAACCCUUUUCUUAUUUUUGGCACCGCAAUGGUAUCACUUGGUGGUGGGCUUUUGACGACUCUGCAUCCUUCUAUAUCCGAUGGUCAUUGGAUCGGAUUCCAGAUCUUAGGCGGUGUUGGAUAUUCUCUGAUAGUGACUAUGGCCCAUCUGGGAGUUCAGGCAUCCCUUCCACCUGAUCUUGUUCCUUUGGGUGCGACAAGCCUCCUCUUCGUCAUAUCCGCAAGUUGUGCCAUUUUCUUGGCUAUCGGGGAAGCUGUCUUUCAAACCCAGCUAGAGAAUGAACUCGCUCAUGUCACUUCCUCUGCCCUUGCCAAUGCAGUAAUAUCCGCCGGGGCCUCGGGAUGGCGCUCUAUUGUUUCUACUUCAGAGAUCCCCGUGAUUGUUUCUGCGUACAGCAUUGCUGUGACGCGAGUCUUUUAUCUAACGGCAGCGGCACCAGUCCUAUCAUUCGCAAUGGUUUGUUGUACGCGGUGGACGUCGACAAAUGAUUCGAGAAAGAAGAAGGAAGAUAAUUCUGGGGAGGAAAGCGGUUAG